UUUUAUGUCUCGUCUCUCUCUCUCUCUCUCUCUAAAAAGUCAUUCUAUUUAUAUUUUUAAUUCUUUGUCUCCCUUCGUCGUCGUCUCUCUCUGUCUACACCGAAACCCUAGAAAUUCAUCUUCCAGAAUCUGCAGAAGCUUCGUUAACAGUAACCCUUGAUUUUCAACCGUUUCGUUUCUCAGAUAAAGCAUCGCUCAAAGCCCUAAUUCGAAGUCCAAACCAGUCCAAUUCGUUUCAAUUUCGCUUAUGAAUCCUAGAUCUGAUCGGAAUUGACAUUUUUUUCAUUCGAUUCAUUCAAUUCCAAGCCCCAUCCAAUUCGAAUACCGAAUUGGUGUGGACAAUUCUGGAAAAUUUAGAGCGUUAGAUUCGUUAAUUGUGUAUGGGCAUGGGAAGGGUUUACAGAGAAACCUCCAAGCCCUCGUCGUCUUCAUCGCCUCCGGCACCACAGGUGACGACUUCGACGUCAGUCAUCGAAACUGUGAAUGGUUCGCAUGAUUUCAAGAUCAAUGGGUACUCGCUUUCGAAGGGGAUGGGGAUUGGGAAGUACAUAGCGUCUGAUACGUUCAUCGUCGGUGGCUACGGUUGGGCUAUUUACUUCUACCCGGACGGGAAGAGCUUGGAGGACAAUUCGACGUACGUGUCCCUCUUCAUCGCCCUCGCAAGUGAGGGUACGGAUGUGAGGGCGCUUUUUGAAUUGACGCUUUUGGACCAGAGCGGGAAGGAGAGGCAUAAGGUGCACAGCCAUUUCGGAAGGGCGUUGGAGAGUGGCCCGUACACUCUCAAAUACCGUGGAAGCAUGUGGGGUUAUAAGCGGUUUUUCAGAAGAACUUCUUUAGAGACCUCAGACUACCUGAAAGAUGACUGCCUUUCAGUUCAUUGCAGUGUCGGUGUUGUUAGGUCACGCACAGAGGGUCCUAAGGUAUACCAUAUACCAGUACCACCAUCUGACAUUGGUCAACAUUUUGGGCAGCUACUGGAAAAUGGAAAGGGCAUUGAUGUAAAAUUUGAAGUGAAUGGAGAAACCUUUGCUGCUCACAAGUUAGUGCUUGCAGCUCGUUCACCUGUGUUCAAGGCUCAACUUUUUGGUCCAAUGAAGGAUCAGAACACCCAGUGUAUAAAAAUUGAAGACAUGGAGGCACCAGUUUUUAAGGCUUUACUUCAUGUUAUAUAUUGGGAUACGCUGCCUGACAUGGAAGAGCUUACUGGUUUGAACUCGAAAUGGGCUUCUACAUGGAUGUCUCAGCAUCUGCUGGCAGCUGCAGAUCGGUAUGGUUUAGAGAGGCUCAGGCUGCUCUGUGAGGCUAUUCUCUGUGACGAUGUUGCCAUAAACACUGUGGCAACUACAUUAGCCCUUGCAGAGCAGCACCACUGUCUCCAGUUGAAAUCUGUGUGUCUUAAAUUUGUUGCAAUGCCUGAAAAUCUCAGAGCUGUGAUGCAGACGGAUGGUUUCGAGUACUUGAAGGUAAGUUGCCCUUCUGUCUUGACUGAACUCUUGGAGUACGUGGCUAGGAUCAGCGAGCACUCUGUCAUCAUCAGCAGGCAUGGGAAUGAAGCUCUUCUUGAUGGCAGUGAUGUUAAUGGAAGGCGGGUGAAGCAAAGGCUGUUGUGAAACUGCUUUCUUUGUAUUCUCUUUGUAACACUCAAAAAAAAGAAAAAUGUAGCAGUAGAAAGCCUGUCUAGGAAUUUUCUAAUUUGUCAGAGAUGUAAAUUUAGUGGUUUUCUGUCUCCUUCGUUGUGUUGUAAUGUGAAACCCUCUUCUAGUACGCGCACUCCAUUCUUUUUCCUUUUUGUUGUUCUCUUCUUUGUAAACUGAUUUGUGUGUAUGGCUGCUCUAAUUUGAGGCAUAAGAUGCAUUUUUUAUCUGCAA